AUGGAGGAAGAAAAGCUGAAUCAGCCGGAGAAGGCGGUGGAGCCUAGCGGAGGCGGAGGUGGUGGAGGAGGAGGAGGCUGGGGUGGAUGGGGUUUCUCCUCAUUGUCUGUAUUUUCAGACCUCCAGAAGGCGGCGGAAGAAAUCUCUCGGAGUGUGCGUUUUUUUCAUCAUCAUCCAUUUUUUUUCUUGUUUUUUCCUCUUCUGUUUGCUUAAAGUGUGUUCAUUUGGGUGUUUCCAGUCUGUAGUCUAGGGUUAAGAGUUGAAGCUUCUAGGAGGCCUCGUGUCUUAUCUUCCCCCUUUACAUUUCCGGGGUCCCAAAAAUCGUAUCCCGGUGCUCGAAAUGAUGAAGGUUUUAAUUUGUUCAUUUGUGUGUUUCCAAUCUCUACCCUAGGUUUAGGAGUGCCCGCUCAUUAGGGGCUUCGUGUCUCAUAGAAAUUUCCUUAUUUCAUUGCCGGAGUCCUAAGCAAUUGCAUUUUAAUGCAGAAAUGGUGGAGAUCUGAACGUUUUCGUUUAUGGAUUUACGAUUCUCAUGUCUUAUGCUGCUUGUAAAAAAUGGAUUUUUUGAUUGGAAUUGAGCUUUCUCAUUGAUUGACUGUCGUGUCGCAUCAGGCUGUUGAGGUUGCCAAGAGUGCAGCUAAAGGUAUCUCGGAAUUGCAAACUGUUCCUGAGUCAGAGUCUGUUGAGGAAGAAGGUUCCUCUGAGAAGGUUUCUGGCGAGGUGAAAACAGAGGAGGACGAACGUGAUAGGAUGCGCAAGUCUGCUCUUGAUCGCCUGGAGAAAGCAAGUGAUGAUACACUACUUGGUCAGGUGAGUAAAAUGUGCAGUAGGUCACAGAUGGUCUCGGUGUAUGUGUCCUUUCAUCCUUGCACUGUGAUGCGGUUCUAUUAUUGGUUAUUAUCUUUUCGUACCCAUGAGAUUAGGUUCUAAUCAGCAGGCCAAAUACCGGAUAUAUGCCUAUGCAUAAUCAGCCACAGUCAAGGUUGCUAAAGCCAUGUUGCAAGACUUAUUUUGGCUUAUUUUUUCCUGCUAUUUUUACAACCUGGUAAUUACCUUGUGCAGGGACUGAAGGUCCUUGAUAAUUCCAUGGAAAGCCUUGCAUCUGGUGCGUGGAAUGUACUUGGUAAUGCUUGGAAAGGGGGCUCAACCUUGGUGCAAAGGUAUGGUUUUCACCACUUAACAGAUGCUUAAGUAUUUUUAUUAUGCCCUCUGGUUCACUUUGUUUGAAGAAUGAUUAUUAUAUUAUUUGAUCUUAUGCUUAUCUACCUAAACAAAAGUAAGCACCUUCUUGGAGAACGGGGGGGGGAGGUGUGUGAAAUUGUAAGUUGUUAACUAUUUAUUGCGCUCGCAAUUUCAUGAUAUUCCAUGAAUGCUUUGUUCAUUAUUUGGUCCUACAUCGGCUCAAUUAAUAAAAAAAAUUCAUCUAUAGAGGUGAUAAGGGGUUUGUGUGAAACAGUAACCCAUCAAAGAAUCCUAUAUUUCGUUAACAUCAAAGACUCCUAAACUGGUAGCUUUGUUUAUUGUACCAAAGUGCUUUCCAAAGUACUGGUCGAAAUUCCACUACUGUCGAAUAUGACAAGUUGAUUUUGAUAUUUUGUGCUUUAGUUUUAGGAAUCAACGUUGGUUUUAGACUGGUAAAAAUACGAACUAAUCCACUGUUUUGAAUAUGAAGUCUGAACCAUUAAGCCAAAACUUGAGUUGUGUGUAGAGAUUACUCUUUUUCCUUUUGCUUGCUUGACCAUCUGCUAUUAAAAAAUAGCUUUAUGCUUGUAGAAGAGUUGUUGGCAAUUAUCAGCAUUAAUUUCACUGCUCAAUAAUCUAACCCACCGGCUCACACUGAGAGUCGAACUUGAGGACGCCUUUUAAUCCAACUUCGAAAUCAGGUCUUUGCCACUUCGUGAAAUUCAAGAUGAGUGCCGAUCAGUGUCUUUCUAAAAGCUCAUGUGGUUACAGCCCCUAUGAAGUUUCAACUCCAGACUUGUAAGACCUCAGGCCACACCUCGCUACAAUACUCAUAGGGGCGUCAUGCAUGAGCACCUUCCUGUAGCAAGUAACCAUAUACCAGAUGCCAUUAUGUUGUUGCCAUCUCGAUUUUCGUUUAGAGCUUGAUGUUUGAAAUUUAUGUUGCAUAUUACAUUAUGGAUGGCUAUGUACUUCAGAUUUAAGUUCUACUGUCGUUUAGAAUUUUGAAUUUUUUGAUUCCGAAGCUUUCUCUUUUGAUAGGAUAGAUUCUCAAGUUUAUAGACAUUUUAUGUAUGUUUAAUAUUGCACAUUGCAGAUUAGAGCAUUCUGCUGUAAAUAUAGCAGAUUCUAUAGGCGACCUGCCAGCAAAUGCUAGUUCUCUUGCUCCGAUUAUAGAGGUAUGUAUUUCGAUCAGCAUUUAGAUAUAUUGUGAAUUGUAGAGCCUUCAAUUGCCGUUGUUUUUUAUAACAGUCGGGAAAGACAUUCACUGCAAAGGGCUUUCAAGUUUUGGAACGGGUGGGGAAAGAAACCAUGGAACUCCUUAUUUCAGAGACAGGUCUUGAUACUGAAAAGGAUCCACGUGAGACUGAUCAACUAGUAGAUGAGCAGUUUGAGGAGGUCACAUUCGACAGAUGCUUCUAUAUUUAUGGCGGUCCAGAGUAUCUGGAGGUUUUACUCUUUCUUCUUUCAAUUUACAUCCGUCUUACGCGAUCAAGUAUGGAAUCUAAGACUUUUGAAAUUAUUCUGGAAUCAGGAAUUGGAGGCUCUAUCAAACCACUACGCUUUGCUGUUUAACCGCAAGAAAGCAAAAUUAUUGUCUGAACAAAAGUCACUCUAUGAUAGCAAACUUAAACAGAUACAGCAGACUUUUAGGUUGGAUACUGAAAUUGAGGAAAGUGUGGAUGCCGAGAAAGGGAAGAAAAUUGAAAACACAGAGAAUGGAAAUAGCAAUGAGAUGAAGGACUUGCGUGAUUCUAGCGUCAGCAGGGCCGCUGAGGUGGCUGCGGGGUAAUACCAUAUACUCUUCAACGGUUUUAUUUAACAAUUAAAGAGUCAUUAUGUUAUUAGUUAGCAUAUCUUCAUGAUGAUCGUGUAGGGUGCUUCAUUGUCAGUAUUUUAUGGUGUAUAUUCCUGCUGUUAAUCAUGCUUCAGAUAAGUUGUGCUGUUUGGGCAUAAAAUCUUCAUGGCAUCUGUUUUGCUGUCCAAUGUGCUGUAGUAGAUUUUUUCUCUUUCUAGUUUAUGUCACACUGUUUCCAUGCGACUUUAGGAUGCAACUAAAGAUUGAUGUUUAUCAGGUUUACUGCUACCCUUGGGGGCCUUGCUACAAAUGAAAUAAUUCAAAAGACUGCUGAUAGACUUGAGACGAUCCACUCAGAGGGCGUUCAUGUAUGUAAAUUGAUGUAAACAUUGUUUUUACUGCUCAUAUUUUUCGAUGUCUGUGCGUGGUAUCUUUGGGUAGGAUCGAGGGUCUGAUUUGAUUAGGAUAAUGAUGACAGGGAAUACGAUUCUAGGUUUAGUACAUGAAUGACCUUGUGAAGGCAACCUAAUUUCAUAGUUUUUUUUUUGGUUUGUCAUACAGAGGCUCUCAGAACUCUGCUGCUUUGCUGUAUCUCAACUUUUGACGCUGGGCAAGUCCGUGAUCUCCAAUGGCAAUAAUUCACCAGACAAAGAGCAGGAGGACGCCGUCAACAUAGACUGGCCCGAGGAUUCUGUGUUGAAAGCGAAAAUCAUCAGGUCCAGGGCACAAUCAAUGACUGGAGACGUGGAGGCAGUUUCCAAGAGUUUUAUCACAGGUGCGUUUGGCGAACUAUCGGUUCCUAUGUGGAAAACUUGUCGCAUCAUUCUCGUCUGAGCUUUCAUUUGCAGCCUCUGUCAAUCUCUUACUGCUAGAUGAGAAGAAAAAGGCUAUUUAUUUUUUUAUUUUCUCAUCUUUAAUAUGCCUGUUUUUUUUCUUUGUUGGGUGAAGUUGUUUGGUUGCAUUUUCUCUGAUAAAAUAAGACUAGAAAUAACUCUUGCAAGUAUUUUUUUUGCUUUUUAAAUCCGAAUUACAUGAAAUUUAUCUGAAGAAGUCCAGUCCAUGUGUUUUACUAUACAAGGAACUUUCUCGAGUCAAAUGCUAAGCAGCAACCUCCUAAAACUCUUAUAGGUAUCCAUCUUGAUAAAAAAUUAACAUUGGUCUGAGAAAAAAAUAUGCAGCAAGAAUUGGUUUAUUCUUGAGCAAAAUGCACUGUGCAUUAUGCAUUUACUGAUAUGAGCGUGGGUAUUAGUGAUGGAAGCUGGGAUCGGAGAAGAACGAUCUGUUGGGAGUGGAAACUAAUAGCUUUGUCCGAAUUAUAAUAUAUUGAGUUACUGCGACAUAAAAUAAUGAGUUACACGCUUGGAGUUGCUCAUGGGUUACUUUAUUUUUGCCGUCAUAAAGAGUAAAUUGGAGUGAGAAUUUUUAGUUUCGUCGCGAAAUAAUUAUUAGAAAAACACAUCAGGUCAUAUUAUGCCUAUACAUUAUCAAGAAAAAUUGAGGUCAUGGACAAUCCGUGAGUUAUGGAAGAAGCACGGCUGCAAGGCUAUAUCUGUUCAUUGAGGAUGUGGUUUCAUAGAAGUCUUUAGCUUAAUGUUGCAGGCUAAUUUUUAUGUGCGAAAGAGAGGAGUGAUGGGUCACGGAAGCACAUAAGAACCCAGUUGACUCGCCCAAUUUCACGGCAAGUCAACUGGGUUGCUCCCAAGGCUGACUAAACUGAAGUAUUCAUCUCUCAUAGAAACUCACAUGCACCUGAUGCACAAGACUUGGUCUGUCCUGCAUGGCGCCUUCAAUACAUUAGGAAUUACUCUGGAUCAUUUUUCUGAUAUUUCCUGGCCGCUGCGCUCUCAGGUAUCUCGGACAUAAUUGAAGCCUGCCUGGCGGCGACAAAAGGCGCUGCGGCGGACGCUAGCGACGCCGCCGAUGAGCCGGCGGCGGUCCAGGAGAAAGCCCAGGCGGUCUCCGAGCUCCUCCGCGCCGGCCAGAGCAGCGCCUUGGACAAGAUCCAGGACGCCCUCCAGUACCUGGCUUACGUGGUCCUCUCCACUUCCAUGCCCGCCGCUUGA